CCGCGCACCGUUGGCAAGAGGCUGAACCACGCGCUGCAAUCCUUUUUCCAGGGCGGCUGCGUUCCGCCCCGGCAAUGCCUUCCAGUAAGGCCUACAAUUUGGUGUAUUCCAGUAUGCCAGAGAGCCAGGAUGCGGAUAUCCAAGAAGGAUACUUCCAAGAGGGUGAGGUUGUGGUCUACCACAGUCGCACCCACAGUGGGUAUCUCAGGACAAGGAUUACGAAGAUCCAUGCGGUGGCUGGAGUCGUGCAGGCAAUUGAUUUGACCUGCAAGAAGAGUGCCGACAUGGCCAAGAUCGCGAAGAUCCAUGAAGCGCCCAGUGUCGAGAGGCAGGAGAACGUUCUCGCCGAGCUCCCGUCGCCGCUCUUUGUGGAGAACGCGGAGCGACGGCGCGCCGACACGUACCUGGAGGGCCUCAUCGCCUACGAGGCCGGAGCGGUGGGCAAGGCCUACAGUGAGCCACAGAGCCCGGCGAUGUUUAGCGUGGGAGACAAGGUGUUUUACAACAGCAAAACGCACAGCCAGCAGAUCCUUGCAGUUGUGGAGGGCGUCACGGCUGACGGCCUUUACGACCUGGACGUGAAGAAGUCGGCGCACCCCUUAAACCUGUUGCCUUACGUAGAGUCUCCGAGCCCGGCUCCGGCGUUAGCGACGGCGCCGGCCUUUCCAACGCAGGCGCCGCCACGCCCGGAGGAGCGAACAGCCACCCGGGUGCAGCUGCCAAUCCAGCACGUCCGUGUGAUGGACAGCGCGCCUGUCCGUGUGAUGGAUGGCACACCCACCAACGCGGGAGCCACCCCACUGAGCUGCACGCCCUCGUCCGCCGCGGAAUUUGUGGCAAGCCGGCACACCGGAGAGGGCCGGAUUGUGAGCUGCAAAGUCUCCGCAGCGGUGCCCAUUGGCCCCACGGUGCCCAGCCCCAUCAGGAGCGGGGCGCCGCCCGUGAGCUUCUUCCCCCAGUCGAUGACGCCCAAGGCAAACACCCCCAAGGCCACCUCGGCCGCGGCGGCGGAGAUCGUCUCGAGGCUCUGCGGGGAGCUGCGCUGUGGGCGCUUCGACCCGCAGCUGCCGGAGGUUCGGCAGCAGUUGCUGGCUCAGCUGCAGCUGCGGCCCAACUCGCGGAUCCAGGAAAUGGGUGGAUUCGCUGGGGGGCUGAACCAGGGAAUCUGGAUUGUCACCUCUGGCAACCAGAAGCUGGUGCUGAAGCAAGUGAGGUGCCAGCGCAUUGCCAGCAACAUCCUCACGGAGGCUGAAAACUUCGUGAGGAUCGUGAAGGACCACCCCGAGAUAAGCAGAGAUCCUUUGAUCGCCUUUCCAGUGAAGCUUCUCAGCUGCAUAGGCCCGGAGGGCAAAUUCAGCGACGUGAUUUGCAUGAAGAAGAGCCCCGGAGAGCGGCUCUGUGAGUUCGUGGCCGCCAAAUUCUACGCGAAGCAGAUGGUUCUGCUGCAGCGGGCUCUGCAGCAGGUGGGCCAGGCCUUGGCGCGGUUCCACCAGCGCUAUGAGGAACAGCACGGGGACUUUCAGCCUUCCAACAUCUACUAUCAGGAGAAGACGGGGGUGGUCACCUUCAUCGAUGUGGGCGGCAUGGGGGUGCCGACCAUGGGCAAUGACGUGGAUCACUUUCACCAAUGCAUGCGGGCUAUGACCGUGAGCUACAACGCAAAUCUGUAUGUGGAUUUGCUGAGAGCCUUCGACAAGGGCUAUCAGUCCCCGGCGAGCCCCAAGUUCCAGGGGUCCAUGCGAUGAGCUGUCGGGCCCGCCGCCUUGGAGACUCGCGCGUGUUGCUCCGAGCAGCGCCGCGAGGCACCAGGGCUCGACGCACGGCCAAUGUUCUUCACUUUGUUCGGCUGCGGUCAGAGAUGCGGCCGGACCUUUUCCGCGCGCUGCGUGUCAGCGCGGAAGCAGAAGCGGCCAACUCGUUCGGUUUGAAGGAAUAAGGGACAGCUGGGAUCUUUGA